AUGAGUCUUCGAUACAUACAAGCAUGCGCGAAUACAGGAAGAAUGACAGAUCAAUUUGAAGGUUUUGUCCCUAUCCAUACUUUAUUCUAUGCAGUAUUCCAUCCAACCAAGGGGACUCAGGUACGAUAUGAAUAUCCUCCUGGAAAUUUAGAGUACAAUAACAUCAAUUUCGAUGCCAUAAAGAAUUACAUUAUACCCAAGCCCCAAUUGUGUCACAAGUUGCUAACCUUAAAAUACAAGGGCUACAGGAUAGUCUGUUAUCCGGUAACGGUCAAUUCACCGUAUUAUGCAAGGAACUUCUUCAGCUUUAACUUUGUCUUUGUUUUUCCUUAUGACUGUGAAACUUCGUCAUAUGAACCUGCUAUAGCUCGACUGGGGAAAAUGUUUAGAGUUUUGGAAGAGCAGAACCAGAUUCUUUCUAAAGCGGAAAAUGAUCCUAUUUAUUUCGAUUUUAAAUUGGCAGAUAAUACUACGGAACAAGAUGGCAAACUGAAUGCAGAGAAGAGUUUUAAGGGACUCACGAAGAGUCAAGGAAUGGCAUUAGCAAAAUAUAAUGAAAUAAUGAAAGAUUUGGAAAGUGAGAAAUCUGACUUUUCAGUCCAAGAUUUAGUAAUGCGUAUCUUUCAAGAUUUAAACAAUUAUUCCGAAUGUCUCAUACCCAUCGAUGAAGGAAACGCAGUGGAUAUUAAAAUAUUUCCCUUAAAAACACCACCAAAUUCAUGUAUUUCCAUAGAAGAUGUUCCUAUUUCAACUGUAAAUCUGAAGACCAUCAUUGACGUCAAUUGGGACCCCACGAUGCUGAAAAUAGUACCAUAUAUUGAUGGCCUCAAUAGUAUUUCAAAAAUAGCGAAACUGAGUGACAGUGAUGUUUCUUUGGUAUUGGAAUGCGUCAAACACUUAGUCUAUUAUAACUGUGUGAUAUUAGCCGAUAUAUUCCAGUUCAGCAACAUCUACGCGCCCACAAGCUUGAUACGACAAUUUUUGACAGAUCCAACCUUAGCAUCGGAGUGCCAGUCGCAUGUUACCUUAGCUGGUCAUUCGUCAUUGUCUGAAAUGCCAUUCGAGAGGUUAAGGAAGUUUGAUCUCGAUGAUAUGGAUCAAUCGAAAAACCAAGAGUCUGGAUCUAGAACAACUUCUAUGAGCUCCAAGAGCGAUAGUAAGUCGAAGCGACCAUUUUUCUAUUCAGCGCCAAGAAAUCCCUAUAGAUUUAAUCAGCGAUCUCAAAGCAGUUUCUCAAGUACAAAUACAAACGUUACACAUGAUUUAGCUAGACAUCUACCGACAAAGGCUUGCUUGUUUGACCUGUACAGGACCCUGAGUCAAGGGGUUACCGUUCGUGAAUGGUACAAUUUGAAUUAUCAGACCAUCAAAAAGAACGACAUUGAUGUUAGAAGAUUUAUUACAUUUGGUGUGAUCAAGGGACUUAUUUACAGAUGUUUUUCAUUCCCAGUUAUGAAGAAGAUGUCCAUAUUCGACUUGGCACAUAAGCUUCAUACAGCUGGAAAUCUAAAUCAGGUCACGAAAAAAGGUAAAGGACAGAAAAAUCUUGCAGAAUCGAAGUACGUCUUUUCAACAUCUGACAUGAAAUUGGGCGAAGGCUCAAAAAUGCAUCAAAACUUCAGUGUUGACAUUGCCGAUGAAGUACUUCGGAACGUUUAUAAGAAACUGUCCAACACAAACGAACCUGGUUCUCGUGAUGACUACCCACUUUCAAGAAUAUAUCGAGAGGAAUCGCACGUUAGCUUAUCAGCAUUGUCUGGAGAUAACGUAUCGCAUCCAAAGAAACCUGAACGAGUUUCUAAAGUCGCCUUUGAUAUGAACAAAGAUGAUCCAGUACCAUAUUCUUUAUCACAACAAAAGGGUAAAAAUAAAGAAAGAGAAGCUGCAAAAUUGGAUAGAGCAAAGAAUAACCAGAAAAUAAUUUUAUUGGAAUCGAUUGCAGCCGCUGAUUGUCUUGAUAAAAUAUGUGUCAAAUUGGAGAAGCCACGACACGAAGUGGAAGAAUUACUACAUGAGCUGGGUGAUUACAAAAUCAUCAAUAGUUGA